AUGGAGGUUGAUUGCUGCAGUGACAGUCUAAUGGUGGUAAGAUUGUGUGGGACACCAGUAGAUCUAGUGGUGAUGGUUGUAUACAUGCCAACAAGCGAUAAUCUAGAUGAAGAGGUGGAAAAAAUGUAUGACAAAGUCGAAGAAAAAAUGACAUGUAAAGGCAAAGAUUACGUAGUGGUACUUGGAGAUAUUAAUGCAACUCUUGGAGAUGAAAAGAUCUUGAACAUGGUCGGAAAUUCUGGGCUGCGGAAAAGAAACAUCAGAGUCGAGAUGCUAGUAGACUUUUGUGUGAGAAACAAUCUGACGAUAACAAACACAUUAUUCAAGAAUAACAACAGAAGGAGGUACACUUCCAAAGCACCAGAAGGUAUAAGGAAAUUGUGGCUGGAUUACGUCAUUGUCAGACAAAGGUACAAGACAAGUAAGAAGAACUCGUGUUUCUACCCAGCGGCAGAUGUUGAUUCUGAUCACAAAAUGGUGAUUAUGAAAGUCAAUCUCAAGCUGAAGAAGGAGCCAAAGCAAAAUUAA